CCCUCUCUAAAACCAGACCCGAGAGGAAGGGCACGGCCCAGGGCGGGGUGUCCUGAACCAUCCGAGAGCCCUGGAGCGGGGACGGACGUGCACAAGAACGCUCUCCGCCGAGGUGACAGCGGGCGGAGGCUGGGCGUGAGGCCCACGGCAUCGCCUCGGAGGGUGUGUGCCCGCGCGGGGCGCGGGGGGACAGGAAGAGGAGGGCGGGGAAGGGGUGGGGUGAGCAGGGACCGGGACACCGGCCCAGGCUCCUCCUGCCUCCCCUCCCCACCCCCACUCCCCCAUACUAAGGCUCCCAGCCCGCCACGCUCUGCUCACUGGCCCGCGCGUCCCAGCCGAGCGAGCGUCCCCGCCGCGCCUCCAGCCAAGGUUUCAACAGACCUCAUCAAAAUGCCGUCUCAAAUGGAACACGCCAUGGAAACGAUGAUGUUCACGUUCCACAAGUUUGCUGGGGACAAAGGCUACCUAACAAAGGAGGACCUGAGAGUACUCAUGGAAAAGGAGUUCCCUGGAUUUUUGGAAAAUCAAAAAGACCCCCUGGCUGUGGACAAGAUAAUGAAGGACCUAGACCAGUGCCGGGACGGCAGAGUGGGUUUCCAGAGCUUCUUUUCGCUGAUUGCUGGGCUCACCAUCGCAUGCAAUGACUAUUUUGUAGUUCACAUGAAGCAGAAAGGAAAGAAGUAGGCAGCACUGAGCCACCCUCCCACCCAGAGAGUUCUCCUGAGGGCCUCUCAAGGAGUCUGCCCUGCAGCUUCCCCCCUCCACCCAGUAUAAAGGAUUCCAUGAGCAGAUUGGGACCCUCAGAAAAUGUAUACAUAAAAUGCAACCCCCAUUUGAGAAGCAGAGAAAGUAAAGUCAGUGAAAGCCAGAUAAGCUUUUGAUUUUUAUAUUGCCUGCAUCCUCUUGCCCUCAAUAAACAAAUUCUUUUUUUAGUUCCUCA